UAAGCGAGAAAGAGAGAGAGCAGUGCGCAUGUUUUCACUGACUGCGGGAGGGUGAGACGAACGCGGAGUUGGUCGUCGUCGUCGUCGUGGUCGGUCGGAGGCUGCACUCAGCAGCUCUGGAGCUAUCGAACCAAUGCCUCCCAGGCGCGGCGGCACGUUCUAAUUAGCCAGUCAGGAUGAAAUUAUCGCCCUUGGACAAUGUGAUCCGACAAUUGCUGAUCCUCACCAUUCCGCUCGUCGCCUCGCCAGUGAGCAGCCUAAGAUGUGAGAUAUGCAGCUCAGACGAAAUGAGGGACGGCACGGCGCUAAUUAAAAUUCAGUUUCCUAAACUGAACAUUGUUCCACACUGCGGUCCGAAGGCGCAGAACCUGGACUGCCCUUAUGAGGCGCAGUCAGGAUGCCUCACUCAAACCAAAGGAAAGCAUGUUUCCAAAAUGUGCAGCAAUAUUCCAGUUCAAGACUGCCAAGUAGCCAACGGCGUCGAGUACUGCUACUGUCGAGGAGAAAUGUGCAAUAAGCAGCAGCAGGAGGCCCCAAGCAACCAAGUGCCAAAAGCAGUGACGCGGCGUCCACCCCCGGCGCCUGCCCCCACGACCAUCCCCAAAAUCGUCACAACCAAAGCACCAAAGUCGUCCCCCAAGACCAGAGACUCCGGAGACAACGAGGAAAAAGGCCUCCACAAAAAAGAUCUCCACCAGUCGACCACAAAGCCCGAAUCGCCCCCGUCAAGUGGGGCGGGCCGCCCCCGGGGUUGUUUGAUUGCGAGCCUUGCUCUGUUAGUGGGCCGACAUAUCCUGACGCCAAACGCUGCUUAAUUUAUGAAAAUGAUGUUUUUCAUACAAUAAUGAUUUUGUGUUCACAAGAAAGUACUUUUGAGAGCCAUAGUACUUCUUCGGUGUUCAAAUUUCAGUUUAUUUUUCUAUGUCGUUUGAAUUAUUUUCCAAUUUUUACUAUGUCGAGAGAAUUUUAAAUUUUUUUUUUUUAUUGAUAGAAGCUGUUUAUUUUUUAAAUUAUUUUUUUGCCUGCUGAUUGUUAAAUGACGUUCCUUUAGCGCAAUGGUGUAAACAGGAGGUUAUCAGUAUAAGAGAGUGACUUCUUUCAAUUUCCACUACAGGCCUAUUUAGCAGCUGACGUUCCAGGUUUUAAUUCAUUUUAAAAAAGAGAAUCCCAAUUUAAACAACAGAUGUGCUACAAUGUUUAAACGGAUUAAAGCAAAAAUAAAAACUCAUCUUGAAAUUUAUCUCUCAUAAGCGAGAAACGUGUCAUGUAUUCCUGUUCAGAUUUUAACUUUUAAAAGUUGUAAUUCCACGAAGUAAGAUAAUUAUAUAAACAGGAUGAAAAUAUAGUACUCUUAGCGAUUUUAAGAGCGUAGCCAGAUGAAAUCAACAUAUAUUUAUCCUUCUUAUUGUACUAUUUUAAAUUUUAUACUUGCGACGUUGAAAACUGCUACAGUGGAACAAACACUCACUUCCAAAAUUAUAUGUUUAGCUAAGAAAGCAAACGAACGCAGCUUCAUGCUAGGUAGAACACUAACUCAAAAGCUUUCGAUUGUAAAACCGUAGCUAAAGUUAAUUGCAUUUAUGCGACCUGUCUUGAAAAAUUCUAAUGAUAGUUGCCUAUACCACAGAGUAAUGAUGGUUUUAACCUGACAUUUGUACAAGGAUUCAGCGCUGGGUGGCAUUUGAUAAGUCAGAAAUAGAAAGUUAUGUUGAAAAACCGAGCAAAUAAUUUGAAUCUUGUGAAUUAGGGUUUAGCAAGAAAGUGGCACCCUGAAUGGAUUUUAUAUUUUCUACCUUCCAAGUGAAUCAAAAUCAAAAUUGACGACAAAUUCUGGAAAAUGGAUCUUUCAAAAUCACUCCUUUUGAAUAUAAUAGUAAAUCAUUAUGUCUCUAAUUGCCAAUUUACUUAAAACAAAAAUUGUCAAAAUGUACGUAUACCGAAUAAAAUGAUCAAAGAACAAUAAAAA